GCCCCUAAAAUCCAAACUGAUUAUUGUUGCUGCCGGAGAAUUAUAAAAGUUGGUUUAUGUUUGACGUCAGAAUCAAUGGACUGCCAGGAGACCAAUCGCAGCUUGGAAAGCAGCUCCGAUUGAAAAGCGCAGUCGAGAGGCGCAGGAGCGCAUUUGUCAAAGAUCUGCAACAGGUGAAGAACGCGCUAGGUGGAGAUUUAAAGGUUUAUGCUUCGGGGUGUCCCAGUGAAGAAAGUGGGCGAUGUGGGAAAUCCCUAGAAGGGGCAGGUAGACCAUCUUAGAUGGCUCAUUAGCAGCACAGAGAUUUCAAAGAAAGGCAAGGUUGCCGACGGAUUCUUUCUAUUCCAGGAGACGCACUUCUCGGGGUGUCCCAGUAGAGAAAUCUCAGUUUUCGAGGACAGCUACAGCUGGAUGAUUUUAAAAUCGCUUCUUCUGCGUUUUUAUUUUCUGUUUACUGGCUUCAAAUAUCUGAAAGAAAAACUUUAGUUGAAAUGUUGACUAAAUACGCCUGGCUUCCUCUUACCUAUUUGGCGGAUAGUUUCAUCACGUCAGAGGGGCUUUUCAACCGCUCAGUUUUGGAAGUUGUAGGUGCCAACAGUUCGAGCAUAUUUAGACUGGACAACAACACGAUGGCCGAAUGGCAGUCCCUGGUGGGAAAGAAGAAAUACGGAAUCGAAUCACAAAAUCCGACUGUCAAGGCUCUACUCAUUGUUGCCUACUCCUUCAUAAUCGUUAUUUCUCUCUUUGGCAAUACGCUCGUGUGCCAUGUGGUCAUGAAGAACAAGCGGAUGCACUCGGCCACGAGCUUAUUCAUUGUGAACCUGGCCAUCGCGGACAUCCUCAUCACCUUGCUCAACACGCCUUUCACUCUGGUCCGCUUUGUGAACAGCACUUGGGUUUUCGGGAGGGCGAUGUGCCACGUGAGCAGGUUCGUCCAGUACUGUUCCCUGCACGUCUCCACGCUGACCCUGACUGCCAUCGCGCUGGAUAGACAUCAGGUCAUCCUGCACCCACUGAAACCCCGGAUGUCCUUGGCUAGAGGGCUCAUCUACAUUGCUGUCAUCUGGAUCAUGGCAAGCUGCUUUUCCCUUCCUCAUGCCAUCUAUCAGAAGCUUUUCACGUUUGCUUACAGUAAGGACAAGAUCAGAAGCCUAUGUGUCCCCGACUUUCCUGAGCCUUCCGACCUCUACUGGAAAUAUAUCGAUUUGGCCACCUUUAUCCUGCUCUACAUGUUGCCUCUACUCAUCAUUUCGGUCACCUAUGCCCUGGUAGCUAAGAGGCUCUGGCAUCGCAAUGCAAUUGGGGAUGUCACCACGGAGCAGUACUUUGCCCACCGAAGGAAGAAGAAGAAGACAAUCAAAAUGCUAGUUGUGGUUGUGGUGGUGUUUGCUGUCUGCUGGUUCCCUCUAAACUGCUAUGUCCUCCUCCUGUCCAGCCAGGCUAUUCGCAGCAGCAAUGCCCUCUAUUUCUCUUUUCACUGGACGGCCAUGAGCAGCACGUGCUACAACCCCUUCAUCUACUGCUGGCUCAAUGAGAACUUCCGCUCUGAACUCAAGUACCUCCUGAACAUCUGCAAGAGGUCUAGUAGUAUUCAGGAUCACAUGCUGCCCACAGCGGCAUCACACCAUCGAGUUGCCUGGCCUGAGAGUCAUGCUAGCUACAGCAGGGUAAAGGAGUCCCAGAGUCUGCGCUCUACCACCAAUAUCCAUUCUGGAAAAACUGAUAUUUCAUCAGUUGAGCCUAUUGUGGCGGUCAGUUAGUCAACAAGAAAUAGCCAUGAAAUCUACUUGUAUACAUGGCCUAGAGGUCGGAUUCUAGCAUGAUUUUAACCCAUUUCUUUAUAGACUGUGAAUUGGCACCUUAUAUGCCUGGUGACAUUUGGCUGGAUGGCUAGGCAUUCUCUUAUCUACCAGAAACAUGGACCUUCCUAAGAAGGCCAUCCUGUAGAAAUGCCUCUUUUAAUGCACAGUGGUACCCUUCAUUAGGGUGAGACUGAAUGUUACUUCUCACUGCUGUUUCCCAUAAUGUGAGAGAUGCCAGCAUGAGGCUAGCUUCUGUUUGUGUCAUUUGGUGCACAUCUUAACACAAGCACCUAUCGUGUGCCUUCAUUGUUCAAAUAUCCAUUUCCAGGAAGUGUACUCAUAAUAAAUGGCAACUUUGUGGUUCAUUCCACGGUGCUAAGUUCCUUUGUGUUGCUCCUAACCCCUCUGUCACUAAAAUCUGCUUUGUGCAAAAGUGUGUGGCUCACUUAAUGAAGGGAGCACUGGGAACUGGCUUUCAAACAGCAAGCUUGCAAAUAUUACAUGUCUGAAAAUUUAGGGGCACUGUCAGGAUUUUGUAAAAAGACAAGGGAGGUGUGAAAAGGUUUGGGGGAUACUUGAAAUAAGAAUAAACGGCUUAUCAAAAAAACAGUGAGUAGUCAAUCGAGACUGUGUCCAAUAUGGGACUGAGUGAGAACUGAAGCAUUGAGGGUUUUAUGGGUAGGAAGGAGGAAGAGGUGUGUCUUCUGAGCUUUUCAGAAGUGAUGUCACAGGUGGGUUGGGAUUGUGUCCGGAAGUGGAAUCUGUGGAGGAACCGGAUGCGGAGUUAUAGCAGCUUCUCUUCUGGG